AGCAACACAUUCUCUCCCUGACGCCGCCGAUGACUUGCGGCCUGACAGCGCGAUGGAUUCGACCGGAUUGUCUGCUUCGGAGAAAAUUACCCUCUUCAGUGCGUGGGGCCUGAUUCGCAAGGAUUUGGAAGUGCAUGGCCGAAAUAUGCUGCUGCUGUUGUUUCACAAGCAUCCACACUACGUUUCGUACUUUGAUUUUACCGACGAUCCGGCGGCCCAAUCGCUCGUGGACAAUAAAUCACUCUUCAACCAAUCGAUCCACGUCAUCAAAGCGUUCGGUUCGCUGAUCGAGUACGGGCUCAAGGAUCCGGACCUGUUUAAUGAGACGCUGAAAAAAAUUACACGCAAUCAUCAGCAUCGGAACGUGUACUCGAGUGACGUACUAACUAUCGGGGAAGUUUUGCUCGACUAUCUUGCCCAGGUGCUCGGACGUCAAGUGUCCGAUUCGUUGCCCGAUGCUUUUCGGAAGCUGUUUGCGACUAUUGCUAGCCGAUUUCCUGUGCCACCAUCACCAACAACCACUCCACCAUCGUCAUCGAUCGAGAGUGAUGGAAACGAUCCCGAAAUAGAGAAAACUGAUGAUUCACAAUAACUUGACAAUGCGCUCCGUAAAACAUCGCGGCAGUACUCCAAAAUAAACUCAAAUUUGUCUUGGAUUCUCGGGAAAAAGUUCGACGCAAUCGCUCAAACGCCGCCCCCAAGGGUCAACAACCAGAUUGGCAGGUAGCUUCAUUUUUACGCACUCAGCAGUGGAAGUGACUUUGCGAAAAUUUCCAAGAACAGCCGACGGAAUUCAUUAGCUCCCGAAGAAGAGCACACCUUUCGAUUGAGACGAUGGCAGGUAGGCGUUUGAAACCAAGGCAAGCCGGUGAUUUCGGUGAA